AGUGUCAUAACGGGGAGUGUCCCGGGCCAGAAGCAUAAACAGCGGCUCCUCAUUCCGCAGCCUGCCGACUCGACGCCUCUCUGCUCCCGCUGCAGCUAGAAGCGCUCACCGCGGCUCACUCAGGUUCACACCGAUCACAAUCUACACGUUUCAGGCAGAAUGGCAGUGCAGCACCCAGAGUUCGAUCGGGCCGGAACGAUGCCGGGCCUCCAGGUGUGGAGGGUGGAGAACUUCGACCUGGUGCCUGUCCCCGAGAACCUGUAUGGGGGAUUCUACACCGGAGACGCCUACCUCCUCCUCAACACCAUCAAACAACGCUCGGGGAACCUGCAGUACGACCUCCACUUCUGGUUGGGUGAUUUCUGUUCCCAGGAUGAGAGAGGCUCGGCGGCCAUCUUUACAGUCCAAAUGGACGACUUCCUGAAGGGAAAACCCAUCCAGUACCGCGAGGUCCAGGGACACGAGUCCAAAACCUUUCUUGGCUAUUUCAAGUCUGGACUCAAAUACAUGAAAGGCGGCGUGGCAUCUGGGUUUAAGCACGUCGUCACUAACGAGGUGGUCAUGCAGCGGGUGCUCCAGGUCAAAGGUCGCCGUGUUGUCCGGGCAACGGAAGUGGCGGUCAGCUGGGACAGCUUCAACCAGGGAGACUGCUUCAUCCUGGACCUGGGAGCCGAGAUUUACCAGUGGUGUGGCUCCCAGAGCAACCGCUUCGAGAAGCUGAAGGCGACUCAGGUCGCCAAGGGUAUCCGUGACAACGAGCGCAGUGGGCGGGCCCGCGUUUACGUCUGUGACGAGGGGGUGGAGAGAGAGAAGAUGUUGGAGGUGUUGGGGCCUAAACCAGAUCUGCCUGUCGGAGCCUCUGAUGACAUCAAAGCUGAUGCUUCAAACAGGAAGAGUGCCAAACUCUACAAGGUGUCCAAUGCCAAUGGAAGCAUGAGCAUUGCGCUGGUGGCAGCAGAGAACCCGUUCGCACAGAGCGCCCUAGAGUCCGGUGACUGCUUCAUUCUGGACCACGGCUCCGAUGGCAAGAUCUUCGUCUGGAAAGGCAAAGACGCCAACAUGGAUGAACGAAAGGAAGCCAUGAAAGCAGCCGACGAGUUCAUCAAGAAGAUGGGUUACCCCAAACACACUCAGGUGCAGAUUCUGCCAGAGAUGGGCGAGACGCCGCUCUUCAAGCAGUUCUUCAAGAACUGGCGGGACAGAGAGCAGACAGAGGGACUGGGCGUGGUCUACAUCGCUAACAGCAUCGCCAAAAUCGAAAAGGUGGCCUUCGACGCAUCCAGCCUGCACGACUCUCCUGCCAUGGCAGCCCAGCAUGGCAUGGUGGAUAACGGCAACGGAGAGAAAAAGAUCUGGCGUAUUGAGGGGUCCGACAAGGCGGAGGUGGAUCCGUCCACACAUGGACAGUUCUACGGAGGAGACAGCUACAUCAUCCUUUAUAACUACAGCUUCGGAGGACGUCACGGACACUUUAUCUACAUGUGGAAGGGCGUGGACUCCAGUCAGGAUGAAAUCGGGGCCUGUGCGAUCCUCGGCUCCCAGCUGGACGACGAGCUUGGCGGGGGUCCUGUGCAGGUUGUUGGUGCUCAUAUAACCACUCAGGUGAUGGUGUCGCAAGGGAAAGAGCCGGCCCACCUGAUGAGUCUGUUUGGAGGACAGCCCAUGGUGGUGUACAAGGGAGGAACGUCCAGAGAUGGAGGUCAGUCGGCUCCCGCAGAGACGCGCCUCUUUCAGGUGCGCUCCAACUCUGCAGGACACACCAGAGCUGUGGAGCUUGACGUAGCAUCAUCCAACCUGAACUCCAACGAUGCUUUUGUUCUGGUGACCCCCGGAAGCUCCUUCCUGUGGGUGGGCGUGGGUGCCAGUGACACAGAGAAGCAGGGAGCCCAGCAGCUGUGUGACAUCCUGGGAGUGUCUGCGUCUGAGCUGUCAGAGGGAGGAGAGACCGAUCAGUUCUGGGAGGCUCUGGGUGGAAAUACAGAAUAUCGUACUUCUACCAGACUCAAGGACAAGAUGGACGCUCACCCACCCAGACUCUUCGCCUGCUCUAAUAAGACUGGAAACUUCAUCAUCGAGGAGGUACCCGGGGAGAUGACCCAAGAAGACCUCGCCACCGAUGAUGUCAUGAUCCUGGACGCCUGGGAGCAGGUGUUCGUCUGGAUCGGAAAUGAGGCCCAAGAGGAAGAGAAGACUGAAGCCAUGCAGUCUGCGGCCCGUUACAUCGAGACAGAUCCGGCCAACAGAGACUCAAGGACGCCCAUCGUCAAAAUCAAGCAGGGCUUUGAGCCGCCCACCUUCAGCGGCUGGUUCCUGGGCUGGGACCACGAGUACUGGACCAGCGACCCCCUGGAGCGUGCCAUGGCUGAACUAGCCCUGUGAGAUCUCCCCUCACCCUCCCUCCCCAUCAGCCCUGACCUUUGACCCCGCUGCUCUGCCGCAAGCACUGAGCUUCAAUCAUAAGACUUUUUUAGCUGCCAAUACGGCCAGAAUUUUUUUUACCUUUUGUUGUGUUUGUGAGGGAUACAGGUCGAGGGUUCUGAUUCACUUUGUCUCAAACAAUAGCAAUAGAGCUUUAACAGAUACACAGGCUUUAUGUAAGGUUUGCACUAGUUUUAGUGAAACCAAUUUUUCACAUUUGUUUUAUAUGCUGACAAUAAAACCUGUCCACUAGUGAAAUGCAAACAAAGUCUUGGUAUGCUGCAACAUUGGAAAACUCACUGCCAAGAAAACACUGCUUAUAAACAGUAAUACAACCGAUGCCUUAAUAUUCUUUCCUCCAGUUUACAGUAAACGUGCCGUUUUAAAAAAGGUACUUUUUCCAGUUUAAAUGUUUGCACCUUUAGAUGCCCCUUAUAUUUAUUGUUUUUAAAAGUCAUAGAUUCAUGCCCAGGAAAGCUUGUGUGACGCUGCAAUAACCAACUUUAAGUGGGAAACUGACGCUUUGCUGCUUUACAAACAGUCACGUCUUCUGUGACACUUUCUAAUGUUUCCCUAAGCCUUGUUAUCAUUUCAAUAAAACCAAAUCAAAAGUG